AUGAGAUCGGAUCCGAGAGCGCGGGGGAAGCCCGGCCUCCGCGCCGCGGCUGCAGCGCGGCUCUGGCUCGCGGGGUCCCCGCAGCUGCUCCGGGCGCAGCCCCGCCCACGGGUUACCCGGGGCCGCGCGCGAGACGCCCCUGGGCCGGGAGUCUGCAGGGGCCGGCGCGGUGCAGUCGGGCUCGGGGCGCUGGUCGCUCCCGCUUGCCCGCGGGCAAGGGCCGGUGCAAGGGCCGCUGAGCCGCCCCGGGCGAGCUGGCGAGGCCGGACCGGCCACUGCGCGGAGGCUGCAGGGGACCCCGCCCCGGCGCAGCAGAGAGCGGCCGGCUCCUCCGCCGCCCCCUCCGCAGACCGCGCAAGGAACAAGGGGGGCUGUUAUUCCUCCCGGCUCUCGCAUCUGCAGCCCACUGAAAUGUUCCCCCGUGUUGGAUCCUCGGGAUACAGAGAACUGUGCAGCACUGUGCUCCGAGAGACUCGGGGAAAUGGUCUCUUGGGGCUGAUGCUGCAGCCCUUCCUCAGCAGUUGCAAGCCGCACGACAGCUGCAAUCCAUCCAAUGCUCCCGAGGACAUUCUGCGCCCAAACCACGGGCCCGGAGGGAACACGGGGGCCGCAGCUGACUUGUGGGCUGUGUAGCCCCCUCUGGGCAGAAGGCGUCUCCAGCCAGCCCGGAUUGCCCGCUCUCGCCCGGAGCCUGCUCCCGGGGAACUCUCCAGUCCCGCCGGCAGAAUUCUCCCAGCGCUAGCAGCCUAACACCCCUCCCCCAUCUCGGCGGCUCCCGCGCGACACGGAAGAUCGCACGCUGCUUCGCCCGCCCCGGGCACCGUGUCGCUGACGCGCGUGCGCGCUGCUGAGAGCGGCACGUGGCAUCUGUCCCUGGCGCAGCGCGCGCCUACGCACUUCGCAGCAUUCUACCUCGGCUCCGGUUGCCCAAUCUCUCGCUUGUUCCGCGCCGAAGG